ACAACUGUAUGCAUGGACAACUAUAUUUCCUUGUAGAAUCAGUACUGACCUCUCAACUACAGUGGACAAAAUAAAAAAGCAUCUAAGAAAUUUCCAGUGUCCAGCUGGACCUCUGGCCUGGCAGUUAAGUGUGUUACCACUAAUUAAACCACUGGCCCAAUUAGAUCAUAUCAUGAAUAAUCUACUGAUAUCGAAAUUUUUUGUACAUAAACAGACUUUGGAUUAUCAUAUGACUACCUGUCAUCCUAUUUAUCAACCCCUAAAGUGAUAUUAAUGUGAAAUCUCUUGGCGACUAAAAUCUUUCAAAGUAAAUUAAACAAUACACUGAGAAAAAUGGCGUCUAAUGUGGUAAAUUUUAGUGCCUUGCAGACACAAGAUUCUGAUGAAAUGAAAGAAAUGCAUUGUGAAGAAUGUGAUAAACAUUUAUCAAAAUAUGUACCUGCCAAUGGAUUCUGUGUGGACUGCUGUGUUUACAUGUGUGAUAUGUGCAUUAUGUAUCAUAGAAGAUACAUGAAGCAACAUAACCUCAAGGAUAAGAACAACAUGCCUCAAGAUUACUGUUUUGAAAAAUGCUCUGUUCAUUCAAAUGAACUUAUCAAAUUUUACUGUGAAAAAUGUGAUAAAACUGCUUGUUGUGAAUGCAGAAAACAUAACCAUCCAAACUGUCAAACAAUUAAACAUUUACCCACACUUGUUCAAGAGGCUGAUCAAAAUAAGGAAUUAACAUGCUUUUUAAAUGACAUGGACACUAUCUCAGUAAAUUUAGAAGAAACAAAGAAGCAACUCCAAUCAAAUCUUGAAUAUAUAACUUCACAAGAAACUAAAGAAAAGUUAAAAAUUACCAAACACAAAGAAGAACUAGUAACUAGCUAUAGUAAACAGCAGAAAGACAUCAUUGAAAACUUUGAUAAAAGAAUGGAUGAAACCAUUGCCAAACUGAAGAGAGAAAGGCAGGAGUUGGUUGAAGAACUGUCUAAAAGGAAGAAAAAUUUUGAGAAUAAACUUAAUAAUGCUGAAAAAGAUGUCAUAAAGAAAAUAGAAAAAUCAAAGAAUAGUGACCAGACAAAGCUGGAUUCAUUGAUGAAAAAAACAUCAACCUUGAUAGAUGAAUUAGAAACAUUAUCAAAUGAGCUUUUACAAAAACAAAAUUUAGGACAAAAGUGUCAUUUAUUUAUUGCAAUGAAAAAAGCAGAAGGAAAUAAAAGAAAUCUGGGGAGGAGUGUAAGUGAGAUAACAACAAAAAAUAAAAUAAACUUUUACAGCACAUAUCCAACACAAACUGAUCUAACAAUAAAAGCUCUUGACAGGACUACCAACUUUUUCUCUUAUAAAACUUAUGAAACUCAGUUCAUGAUGGAUCUUGAUCUACCUUAUGUUUUUUUUAACAUAAAGUAAUGUUUGCUUUGAAUAUCAGAAAGAAGAUAUUUUAAGAUUUCUACCAAGUUCUGGUAGGCCACAUUAAAUAUUUCACCAUCUUUAUCAAGAAGCAUCUGGGUUUGAAAAUUCAGAACAUAGGCACCCGAUUUUUUGGACUACGCUCCUGCACCGCAGAGCGCGCGCGCCGACAUAUAUUGUACCAUGUCAUGCACUGCAAUUCAACCUACCUAUAGGAGAGAUCGCCGUGACAUCACGUGUUAACAUCUGUUUAUCUGGUGGUUGGCAAAACAAAUGUUUUUAACACCGUUUGCGUACUGAAUCAGAAUUUUUAAUUUUUAAUAACUUUUUUGCUCAUUUAUGGAUUUUCAAAAUUCAAAAAGAUUUGAAAUACUAACAAUCUUCAUAUUUUUGUAUCCAAAUAUCUUUUUUCAAUGAAUAACCAUUUUAAAUGACAUAUAAUUUUAAAAGCGGCGUAGUGAUUUUCACAACCUUUAGAAAAACAGUGUAAGUUAAGCGUUCAUAAUUAAUCCAUUUUAUUUUGAAAUAACAAUUAAAAGUAAUCAAUAAAUUGCUUGUUUUAUAACCUUUCCAUUGAUCAAAAAAUUAUUUAUGUAAUUUGUGUUUUAAGAAAGUUUAGAUCGUUAGAAAAACAUCACUGUUUACAAAAAACAUGGACGAUUGGCUUCUGCCCACCCGAUUACUGUCUUAUCAGAUCUAAAAAUAGAAAAUACACCGGAUUUGUAUACAAACACGAUCUCUCCUAUAUAAAAGGUGAAAAGUCCACAAAUCUCCCGUUUAAGAA